CAUGUCGCAUAAAGUGUAUAAAAGUAAAGCUAAUUCUAAAACUACGUUUAACUUCUGUAAAACUUCGGCUACCAUAAUUUGUUUAAUUACACGUUUAAUAACCGCUCUGAAAUGUUUUUGUGUGCCAUUUAAGAAGUAAAUUAAAUUUAUCACAAACAAUCAAAGACAUAAAGACGUAAACAUGUUUGUUGUGUCUUCAUUAAGUUGAGUGGAAGUGAUACCGUAAUGACCAGUUGAUGUUGGAUGCCGUGAAAACUCGAAGAUGUGGUGCAAAUCGAGCGGGCGGAUGCUGUCGAUCCUCUUCAGCACGCUGCUGCUGGGACGAGCCAUUGCAGUCCGUGGACACACGGAGGUGCGUGUGGAAUUGCAAAUGGAGCGCUGGGCGGUCCGCGGCGGCUCGGUGAGGCUGCGCUGUGUGCACGACGUGCCACCACACCUGCUCGACAAAGUCGUGUUCCUCCGACAGGGAACCAAGAUCUUCCAGUACAUUAGGGACAGGAAACCGCCUUAUAGAAACUUCACUACGCCUGGCGCGGUUCUUAAUAUCGCGUUGGCCACGGAGAAUUCAAUAAUCCUGCAAAGUUUAGAUUUCGAAGCUACUGGAAGUUACUCUUGUGAGGUAUCACUAGACACACCCAUCUAUACCAAGGCCUCGUCUGGGAAGCAACUGACUGUUUUCCAGCCCCAAAAACACCACCCCCGGAUUGACAUUCCAUCUAGUUACUUAAGUUCCGGUGAAACGCUUCACGUGAACUGUGUCACCGCUCCCGCCCUUCCUCCGCCCCAUAUCACAUGGUUCGUCAACGAAAAAAAGAUGGACGAACUAGUCGCCCACUCGCACAAAUUUCGUGUUCCAAUGAACGAACGCAAUGGAAGGAAGGGUUUACAUCGGAAUUUUGAAUACGAGGGCCAAAGUACACCUCCAUCGCUAGUAGCAUUAACACACGCCUCACAUAUCGCCACUAAGCCGCCUGGAUGCAGUGUCAAGGAGAAUCAGGUACAAAGUUCCCAAGUGAUCGACGUUAAAGAACGGGAGAAGCCCAAUGCGAUCGAAAAUACAAACCGGCACAAGAGUCGAAAAUCAUCUCGAAAAGACUUGUAUGUAACAAUAUCAGAACUACAGCUGGUUGCAACAGAAGGCCUGAAAAUUACCUGUGUCAGCACCAUACCUGAAUUCAGAAGUAUUGAUGAUAAAUUUGCUGACAUCAGAAACUUUACUGUUACUGUGGACGUUAUCAAACCAUCAACAUUCGUUCACCAACCAACCAACAUAACAACAGCAGACUUUAACACAUCUGGGGUUUCAAGAUCAUCUAGUUUCAGUUUACUUUAUGUCCUAAUUGUUUGCUCAUUAAAAUUCGCUUGAUAGGAACUACAUAUUAAAAUUGUAUUAAACUGGCUGUGAUAAAAAAAUGUUCAUUUAA